GUGGUUCUUGACAGACAGCCUGCCGCUGACACUGAAUACCACCAUCAGCAAGACGACAGCCUCCGAUCGAAAUUGUUACCGUCGCAUCUUGGCUCCGCUCGGCACCUUCCAGCCUAUCCCGUCCGUGCUUCAUCGAUGAGGAUCUAUCCCCAAAUGGUUUGAAGCCCAAAACACACUCGUUCCGCCGGAACAAUGGCCUCAACGGGCAAUAAAAUCCAUCGCCUGGGUCUGGGCCGUCUGGUUGUUGAGGGCAAGGUCCAAUCCAUCGUUCGGGCCGCCACUCUCACGCUCAAGGACGAGAAGUCCGAAAAGCUGAUUGUCCAAGUCCAUAUUGAUGGACACACAUUGGCACAAUGGGACCUUGUCAUGUUGAGGGAGCGGAACCUGUUGGACGAGAAGUUCUUCUCCGUCACCGAGCAGAAGAUGCUGCAGCUAACGCUGCCCUUGUUCGAACCGGAUGGAAAGAAGGUCGCAACAAGGAAGACGAUUCAACUCUUCAUCCUCACCGCCAAGGACUUUCGUACAGCUGUCGAGUAUUUUUCCACCAACGCAGGAAUGCAGCAUUGUCAUAUCAAGCAAGUGUUGCAAGAUCUCAGGGGCGCCAAUGUCCCUAAUAAGCCUGCACCCGUCAGCAGGCCUCGGCAAUCGACUGGCAUGUCCCUCAUGAGACCACCUACAGCACCUCCCAUGCGACGACCCCAGAGCCAAACCUCUGUCCCCCCACCGGUCAGAUACAGUCCAUUGCAACCUAUCUACAGGCCACAAACUGCGAGACCAAGCCUGACACCAGACGACCUUCAUCGCAAGGGCUUGGCUACUUGUCAAAUUCAACGGUGGGUCCUCCAGGCCGUCGUAGGUCUUUCAUCCCUGGUGAAUUCAGCUAUCGUCAACCGAUCUUCGACAUGGAUCAUGAUGGGGGCAACUUUGGAGACACGGAGCCACUGUACGAUACUCAGGCUCAUCCUGAGUCCAUGGGCAGCCACCCUCAUCCAAAUCCUUUGCAAUCUGGCGCCUGGAGACCUCUGCCAUCAGGUCCCCAAAUCAGGGCAGAUUUUGGCAAUGUACACGAUGGGCGUUACCAUAACCCCUUUCCAGGCCAAUUUGCAGGCAAUUCGGGCCAGACCCUACCCUCAGAAGAGAGCAGUUGCCUCGAAACAGCCGAACAGUAGCCAGGAGCACCUCGCACACAACACGAGAAGACCGGCAUCGUCAGCUAGCGGCAGAAAACUUGACUCGGCGACAGAAACAGCCAUUUCAUCUGAGCCUCAGACCUCAGAAAAGCGACCUGAGACUUCACUAGGCAUCAGCCGUAAGAGGAAGGCGCCGUCUGGUGAUACGGGAGUGUCUGCAGCAGUGCUGCCAGUCGUUGAUAAGUCGAGCACAAAUGAGCCUUCGGGAAGGUCUUGCAUGGGCUGUCGCAACAAGAAACGGAAAUGCGAUCGAUCAAAGCCAGCUUGUGGCCCAUGUCGGAAAGACAAGAGGCCUUGCACGUACCCGAACAUCCCACCUACCACAGGCCAUAGCUUCAAAAAGCCAUCCAAGAGCGCGGGCUCCGACACCGACUCUCAUCCGAUGAUUGUCAGGGACCACCACGCACUUGCGUCUCUACCAAUGUUGUCAGAUGCCUCGACUCAGACUAAUCACGCAACAAUGUCCAGAGAUAUCGGCACUCAGUCGCAAGAAUUUCCGCGCGCCAAUCAAGACAUAGAGAUGAAAGAUGUCGGAACAGACCCCUCCAAUGUGUACACUGAUGCCUGCGCGGAAACAGACAGGUGUGAUGACGUAUGGGUUCCUGUCUCGCAAUUCGCACAACUGGUACUGUGGGCCAGUGAUCAGUACAUGAGGAAGGUUCAUCAGGCUGCUGAAAUUCUGAGGACAACUGAUCCAUCUCAAGAUGACUACAAGGACAAGGUUGCCCAGGCUGCAGUAUACGCAGGGCAAUUUAUGGAUGAGUUCCGAGACAAGUACGCGCAAACUUUGGAGAGGUGA